AUGCCCCGUCGCCGUCCUCCUCCCGCGGGAGCCCGAACCGACCUUCCGCCGCUCAAAAUCGUCCGCAAGAUCUUCUUGCUCCAGCUAGGAUAUUAUGUGACCGCGACGGCGCUUAUCCUAUUCACAACGCUAGUAUACGGCCGGCCGUUCUCGUUUGACCUCCUUCUGAACUGGGAUGCGAUCAGAGGCGAUACCACCAUCGGGUGGAUAUUGGGGUUGGUGUGGAUGUUGAAUAGUCUCCUUAGUGUCAUCCUUCUCCUUCUCCUCGUCUCCCGCUCCAAACUCAUCCCCGACUUCGCCCUAACCAUCCACUUCGUCCACCUCAUCGCAACGUCCCUCUACACGCAUACGAUCCCCGCCAACUGGCUUUGGUGGGGACUUCAAACCGCCAGCGCAAGCCUUAUGGUAUUUUUGGGAAUGUGGGCUUGCCGAUACCGUGAGCUUCAGCCGAUUACAUUUGGGAUUGGAGGGGGUUCGUCUUCUUCGAGUCAGCAGCAAACGUCUGAUCUCUCAGGGCAGGGGAGUGGGGAUUUUGCUUCUGGGUCAGGAGGCAGGAGAGGCCAUGAAAAUGAGUUUGAAAUGGGGAUAAUGAAAGGGCAGGCUGUAUGA